AGUUGUUUAGUCUUCUCCGCGCUUUUGUAGAGAUGAAGUUGAUUUUGGUGCUUCUUCUGCUCAUCAAAGAGUAUUCAGCUGAGGAUUUCAAUACUAUCUCGCUGCAGGGCAAAAUAAUCCAUAUCAGCACUGAAAUGGUCGAUUGGUAUGGUGCAACUGAUAAAUGCGGGGAAAAUCAGUGGGAGAUGCUGACCAUUAAAUCACCUGAAGAAAACACAGCUGUUCAUCAGAUUAUCAAGGAUUUUCCGUCAGACGUUUUAAUUGGCGGCUACAGAUUUGAUGGGGAGAAAACUUGGCACUGGGCGAACGAUCGAAGAGCAGCAGUGAAUUAUUCUAAUUGGCAGCAAGGUGAACCGAAAUUGGACACCAGUGAGGAGCCUAGAAUUUACUGCAUUUACAUGCAACCCAGUGAUGGACAGUGGAAAUCUCAAUGGUGCGCUGAAGAGGCUCCGUUCAUUUGUCAAGACACUCAAUAUAUUGAUGAAAUAGACGAUAAUUGAGCACAAAAGUCAACGGAGAGAAGUCUUGAUGUGU